CUGGGAGGCCCCGGGGCCUCCUGUGCGCGCCUUCGGGCCCAGUUCUUGCAGAGUAGAGGCGGACAAACUUCGGGCCGUGCUUUUGCCAGGGCGGGCGCUGCCUGGAGCGCAGAGCCUCGCGGGCGCCAGGGGAGGCUGGGGGCGUGCCCUCAGGGUGCACCAAGAGCCUCGCCGGGGCAGUGGGGCUGGUGCCCCCGUGUCCUCUCGCGCCCGGGGGUUCUCGUGCGCCAUGGGAUGGCGGGGAUGGCGGCGCGAGGGGACCAGCAUCCCGGACCAACCAGGAAGUGCUGCGCUCGGAGGCUUGGAGCCCAGCCUGCCAGAUGUACGGUGCCGGGCGUGUGGCCACACAGCUGCUUGCUGUGCGCCCACGAGCCCCUUUGCUCUUACCCUGUCUGAAGCCAACAUGUCACUGAAAAAUGAGCCAAGAGUAAAUACCUCUGCAUUGCAGAAAAUCGCUGCUGACAUGAGUAAUUUGAUAGAAAAUCUGGACACACGGGAGCUGCACUUUGAGGGAGAAGAGGUGGAUUAUGAUGUGUCUCCCAGCGAUCCCAAGAUCCAGGAAGUGUGUAUUCCUUUCUCUGCUAUUUAUAAGACUCAAGGAUUUAAGGAGCCUAAUAUACAGACGUAUCUCACCGGCUGUCCAAUAAAAGCCCAAGUUCUGGAAGUGGAGCGCUUUACAUCUACAACAAGGGUACCAAGUAUCAAUCUUUACACUAUUGAAUUAACACAUGGGGAAUUUAAAUGGCAAGUUAAGAGGAAAUUCAAACACUUUCAAGAAUUUCAUAGAGAGCUGCUCAAGUACAAAGCUUUUAUCCGAAUCCCCAUUCCCACCAGAAGGCACACGUUUAGAAGACAGAAUGUCAAAGAAGAGCCUCGAGAGAUGCCAAGUUUGCCCCGUUCAUCUGAAAACAUGAUCAGAGAAGAACAAUUCUUCGGUAGAAGGAAACAACUGGAAGAUUAUUUGACAAAGCUACUGAAAAUGCCCAUGUAUAGAAACUACCAUGCAACAACAGAAUUCCUUGACAUAAGCCAGCUGUCUUUCAUCCAUGAUUUGGGACCAAGGGCAUGUAAAGAAGGUAUGAUAAUGAAGAGAUCCGGGGGACACAGAAUACCAGGCUUGAAUUGCUGUGGUCAGGGAAGAGCCUGCUACCGCUGGUCAAAAAGGUGGUUGAUAGUGAAAGAUUCCUUUUUACUGUAUAUGAAACCAGACAGUGGUGCCAUUGCCUUCGUCCUGCUGGUAGAUAAAGAAUUCAAAAUCAAGGUGGGGAAGAAGGAGACAGAGACAAAAUAUGGGCUCCGAAUUGAUAAUCUCUCAAGGACUCUUAUUUUAAAAUGCAACAGCUAUAGACAUGCUCGGUGGUGGGGAGGGGCUAUAGAAGAAUUCAUCCAGAAAUAUGGUACCAACUUUCUCAAAGACCAUCGAUUCGGGUCUUAUGCUGCUAUCCAAGAGAAUACAUUAGCCAAAUGGUACGUUAAUGCCAAAGGAUAUUUUGAAGAUGUGGCAAAUGCAAUGGAAGAGGCACAAGAAGAGAUUUUUAUCACGGAUUGGUGGUUGAGUCCAGAAAUCUUCCUGAAACGCCCGGUGGUUGAAGGAAAUCGUUGGAGGUUGGACUGCAUUCUUAAACGAAAAGCACAAGAGGGGGUGAGAAUCUUCAUAAUGCUCUACAAAGAGGUGGAACUCGCUCUUGGAAUCAACAGUGAAUACAGCAAGAGGACUUUAAUGCGUCUACACCCCAACAUAAAGGUGAUGAGGCACCCAGAUCAUGUAUCAUCCAGCGUGUAUCUGUGGGCUCAUCAUGAGAAAGUUGUUGUCAUCGACCAGUCAGUGGCCUUUGUGGGUGGGAUCGACCUGGCCUAUGGAAGGUGGGAUGACAACGAACACAGACUCACGGACGUGGGCAGCGUGAAGCGUGUCACUGCAGGACCAUCUCUGAGUUCCUUCACAGCUGAAACAACAGAGUCCAUGGAAUCCUUAAGCCUUCAAGAUAAAAACAAAGCUAGUAAUAAUCCGCCCCUGAGGAGCGUUGAUGAUAUGGAUUCAAAACUGAAAGGAGUAGGAAAAUCCAGAAAGUUCUCGAAAUUUAGCCUCUACAGACAUCUCCACAGGCACCACCUGCACGAUGCAGACAGCAUCAGCAGCAUCGACAGUGCCUCCAACACCAGCUCCCUCCGCAGUUUACAGACAGGCAUGGGAGAGCUCCAUGAAACCAGGUUCUGGCAUGGAAAGGAUUACUGCAAUUUUGUCUUCAAAGACUGGGUUCAACUUGAUAAACCUUUUGCUGAUUUCAUUGACAGGCACUCCACUCCCCGGAUGCCAUGGCAUGACAUUGCCUCUGCAGUUCACGGGAAGGCAGCUCGUGACGUAGCACGUCACUUCAUCCAGCGCUGGAACUUCACGAAGGUACUAUCGGUCCUUUCGUAUCCUUUUCUGCUUCCAAAAUCUCAAACAACAGCCCAUGAGCUGAAAUAUCAAGUGCCUGGGUCUGUCCAUUGCCAUGUACAGUUGCUCCGCUCUGCUGCUGAUUGGUCGGCUGGUAUAAAGUACCAUGAAGAGUCCAUCCAUACUGCUUAUAUCUAUGUGAUAGAGAACAGCAAGCACUAUAUCUACAUAGAGAACCAGUUUUUCAUAAGUUGUGCUGAUGACAAAGUUGUGUUCAACAAGAUAGGUGAUGCCAUUGCUCAGAGGAUCCUGAAAGCUCACAGGGAAAACCAGAGAUACCGGGUGUAUGUUGUGAUACCGCUGCUGCCAGGAUUUGAAGGAGACAUUUCAACGGGUGGAGGAAAUGCUCUGCAGGCAAUAAUGCACUUCAACUACAGAACCAUGUGCAGAGGAGAAAAUUCCAUCCUUGGGCAGUUAAAAGCAAAGCUUGGCAAUCAGUGGAUAAAUUACAUAUCAUUCUGUGGCCUUAGAACGCAUGCAGAGCUUGAAGGAAACCUAGUCACUGAGCUCAUCUAUGUCCACAGCAAGUUGCUAAUUGCUGAUGACAACACUGUUAUUAUUGGCUCUGCCAACAUAAACGACCGAAGCAUGCUGGGGAAGCGUGACAGUGAAAUGGCUGUCAUUGUACAGGACACAGAGACAGUCCCUUCAGUAAUGGAUGGGGAAGAAUACCAAGCUGGCCGGUUCGCCCAAGGACUUCGGCUGCAGAGCUUCAGGGUUGUCCUUGGCUAUCUUUCUGACCCAAGCGAAAACAUUCAGGAUCCAGUGAGUGACAAAUUCUUCAAGGAGGUAUGGGUUGCAACGGCAGCUCGAAAUGCUACAAUUUAUGAUAAGGUGUUCCGGUGCCUUCCCAAUGAUGAAGUACACAAUUUAAUUCAAUUGAGAGACUUUAUUAGCAAGCCCAUAUUAGCAAAGGAGGAUCCCAUUAGAGCCGAGGAAGAACUGAAAAAGAUCCGUGGGUUCUUGGUGCAAUUCCCCUUUUAUUUCUUGUCUGAAGAAAGCCUACUGCCUUCCGUUGGAACCAAAGAAGCCAUAGUGCCCACAGAGGUUUGGACUUAAGGGUUCUAUUCAUUUGCAGCUCAAGGACUCCCACCUUGAAAGGUACACUGCACACACAGUGACUUUCUGGAGACCCUCACAGCCAAAGCCAGCCCCGAUGCACUAUUGUAUCCAACCCACAGACCCUUUGGAUUGGCUGGGCAGGGCUGUGGUCCUACUGAUAGAAGGAUACCGAACAUCAGGUGGGCUUUAUAAUUCCUCGUGCUUAUCCUUGUAAAAAGGGACUGCAUUCUUAAUGGUAGCGUAUGCUCAACAACUUAAACACAUACUCAAAUUCCAUGAUGUACAUCAAAAUGCAUUUCCUUUACUAACAAGAAUUUACCUGUACCUGUGAUCCAGGUGGCCAAAAAUUGUCUAAACCUUUUUGUUCUCCUCUGACCUUCAUUUAUGCAGCUGGUGACUGCUGGACCUGCCCUCAUUUCAUAGUGCAUACAGACACCGUUUGAGACAUCGUUUAAUAAUAGAAGAUGUUGUGAGGCUGCUCCCAGGUUCUUCAAGGUUACUUGAGAUACCCCUGCCCAUCUGAUCCUGAAGUCAUAGUGUUUACCCACCCAAGAUGUGGGCCUUAUUCCUUUUCAGUGACUGAAGGCACAGGGCAGAUGCUAUGUACAUAGCAGCCCAUGUUAGGCACUUCUGAUAACAUUGACACUAUAGAUCUUAACACCACAGAGGAAUAGGAAGGAAUUAAAUUUGGUUAUUGAGGCAGAGAUUUCACUUUGCCUCCAAAGGCAGUGACAAGAUAUGUUCUUUUGAUAGGGCCCACCUGAUCAAAUUUGAAAACAUGUGUAGGAUAUUUCAUUACACAGCAACUGAUAAAACUCAGAGCAUGCAGCCUUCAGAAACCUCCAAGGUGUCAGCAGGGAUCUGAUUCAGACAAGAAGAGGAGAUUUCUUAUAGUCCUGGAAAAUGUCCUAUCAUCCUUGGCUGCUGGAUUGAUUGAAAUUUGAGUUUCUGCAUUUGAAAAUCAGACCAGUGAAUGCAUUUUGUCUUUCAAGAGAAUCAGAGGCUUCAUAACUCCUACCACAUUAAUAAGUUAGGAGCCUAACCUUAGUUGACAUUCAGCUCUCCAGCUAUGUUAUCUUCUUUAAGAAAAAUUAAUUGAUUGCAAAAGAUGUGCUACUUAACUUGCAUUAUUCAAUAUACAUUAACAUUCCACCAGGCUUCUAAAGAGGUUAGGAUCUUUAUUAAUUCACAUCAUCCUGGUCUAUGAAUUGUUCUGGAAACCCGUUUUUCCUUUUUGAAUUCUAGCAUACCCUUUGGUACACCAUAGCUCUAAUUUUACAAAGCAGAACUAUUCUUCUAGCCUAAAGAGUUGAUGUAGGUUCCCAAAAGGCCUGUGCUCAUAAAACAUGGUGUAGGGGCAUUGAUCACACACGUAUGGAUUACCUGGGCAGAACCUCAUUUGAGCCAUUCUUCAAAGAGACAAGGACCCAAUCCAUUUUCGUGGAGCUAAUAGGCCAAUGGAGAAGGUUAAACAGGAGCACAAAGUCAAUAAUCUGGGUGGGUAGGAGAGAGUGUCACACUCACAAAAGGAUUUCACAGCCAGAGAAUAUUUCAGACCAAUGAGGUAGAACUGUGCUUUAUGAAUAAAUAGUUUCUCAGAUAGCUGAAGAUGGUGAAAAAUGACUUCAUUCUAUAGCAGCUGUACAUAAGACAUUUGCUAUUUAUGAAGUUUAGAUUGGCAUUGAAAGUGCUGAGUGUAUAUGGAAUACCUAAGGAUGUCUUAUAGUUUACUUUUAAAUAUUUUGUAAACUGUAGAACAGUCAACAUGCUGGCUUUUGAUUUUGUGCAAGAUGCUCCUUUAACACCAUGAAAAAUAAAAGCCUAAAAGCACCCCUUCUCUUUUAAAAAAAAUCACAUAAGCCAACCUCUCCCCAUUUUAUAGAUGAGGAAACUGAGGCCCAGAUUGUUUGAAGGACUCACUUGAGUUUCACUCAACUGAGAGAUGGUGGAGGCAGGACUAAUGAAAUUGCUGUGGUUCAUUACUGGCCUCUCCCUUGACUUCAACAUUGUCCAAAUGCAAGGAGAUGCAGUAAACAGAUUUCAGGCAGGAUAUGUCGUGUGAUGUACUCAUGUGCUCAUCUGUCUCCCCCUGCUUGAAUGUAAGCUCCACGGGGCAGGGACUUUGCUGUGUUUUGUUCCUAGUGUAUCUGCAGAGCUGAAACAGUACCUGGCACAUAGGAGGGGCUUAGUAACUCUUUGUUAGGUGAAUCAACGAAGUCGAGGGGAGAGCUAAUGAAAUGACAGAUUUAUGGAGUCUCAGACAAGAAAUCUUACUGUUGGUUUCAGUGGCAAGUUUUCUUUCCCCUGCAUCUCCUCAAAGGCAAGAUGUUUAUCUGCAAAGAUGGGAGGCUACCGGCUUUACUUGGCGGAUCUUAUGGAACAUUCCACGCAAUAGUUGCCUAUUUGCAAUAGCAGCUUACAUAGCGCAGCAUUCUGCAGAAGUCACAUGGGAUGUGGACACGAGGUGUACUGCACGGCCUAAUUACCCACCAUCCCGACACCGCUACUACCUAAUAGAAGUUCAAAUACUUUAACAUUGCAAUACCUGAUAUCAACUUUAAAAUGCAAAGGAUUCAAAGUCUUGCAAAGGCUCAACAUUUUAUGAAUCUGCUCAACAUUUUAAAUUGACUGUAAUCCUCUGAAGCACCUAUAAAUGCUGUACCCAAUACUCUGAUCAUCUCUGUAAUAAUUUUGUUUUCAAGAAGGAAAAAAAUCCUCUGAUCAUACGAAACGAAUGGUAGAAAGUAGGGUAGCUAGCAAAGCUAUUCAGGUUAUCCAAGCUUAGUUGUUGGAGGAUACUCAACAUAGCAGGUCUGAUGCAGGCAUUUGCUCUGUAUUAAGUGUCCACUCAGUGAUUUACCCUUCCUUGGAAUGUUCUUAACUCUCAGCUCUGAUGCAUCAUGCAGAGGCUUGGAGAGGUGGCCAUUAGAUAAUUGAGGGGCACAUUGUAAUACAGAAUAAUGGUUUUAUUUUACUAACACCUUUGGAAAAAAAUUUCAUCUGUAGGUAGUCAAAAACAUGAAGAGUUAAUCUCUUAUGUAAUAACUUGAGCAAUUGUAAUAUAUCAUGAACGAACAGUCUCCCAGAGGAAAACGGCAAGCUGAGAAGCCUUUCUGCAGAUUAAGACCAUCUGCGAAUAAAUUUGUGUAGACUUGAAGAACCUACACUUCUUUCUGCGUCUCCUGACUCCUUCUUCCAUCAGCCUCUGGCCCCAUGCAGAGCACCUCCUUAUUAUGUAAAACGUUUUAGAGGACAAGGAAAGAGUUUCCGGAAAAAAAAAAAAAUUAGGCCUCCACAACGAAUCUUCAUUUUAACUUCUACUUUUAAGUGACUGACAAAAUAUUAUUAUUUUUUUAACAGAGGUAAUCGUUCUUUUUAACAUCCCCAAUCUGAUGUGGCACUUGAGCCUUUUCUGAUGUCUGUCACCCUCUAUAGCAGGGUAAAGAGGAUCCUUCACAUCUUUUCAUCCCUCUCUACUCUCUCUUGUAUAAAACGAGCAAAUGCUAAAGGACUUUAAGUGUGCUUAGGAAUAUAUUUUUUAUUUCCUUGCAAGAUCCUCUGAGACCAAUUACUACUGGCAGCUUGGAAAUUUAAAAUGGAUGAGCGUUGAGAAAUUCUUGAAUCUAGAAAUUCACUGGAAAAGGAAUUCAUCAACAUCUCUCAAAAAGUUGCAGGUGAAAAGUCAGGGAAUUUACAUUAUUUUUAGGGGGGUGGGCAGGUACCAUAAAAUGAUUCCUAAUGGCAUUCAAUUCACACGUGAGAUAGUACAGACUCUGACUUGAGAUUGGAAGCAUUCAUGAAAGGAGCCAAACAUUUUAUCGCUUAAUUUCUUACAGGUUAUUUUUUUCCCUAAUACUAUUUUUAAUUUUUAACUUAAAAAAAGUAAUCAAACACAAGAUAAAUGAAAAUUUGUCAUGCUGAUCAUUUGGAAGGUGUAAAGUCAGAGACUAGGAUGGCAAUUCAACCAAAAUCCAGGCUUAGUUACUCUUUCCUAUCCCCAAGCAACUAUAAUUGCUCACUUUAUUCUAGAUAAAUGCACAUAAGUGAAUGUCACCCUAAUUCUGCUCCCCACUAGGGAAUAGAACAUCAUGCCCUCCUAAUGUAUAUCUACUUGGAUCCUUCACACAAAAUAGUCUGGGCCAAAGGUACAGAUCUUCUCCUAAACUAUUCUAAAACCUCAUAACGAAGUAUUGCAGUUGGAGCACAUGUUACUGACACAGAAAACAUACUUGGCAAUGGACAUCCAUUCAGAACAUUUAGAUAUUCUGGACAGAACUCAGGCUCCGAGCCUCACCUCUACUGCAGCACUUGGCAAACCAAGCGGGGCCUCCUGUUUUUGUAAGUAAAGCUCUAUUUGAACACAGCCAUGUCCAUUCAUUUACAUGCAUUCAUGACCAAAUGAUCCACAAAUCUUAAAAUAUUCACCAUCUUUAAGAAGAGCCUGCUGAUCCUUCCUCCAGAGAGAGCAGAGAAUGUCCAGACAGAGUACCUCAACCAAGCAGAUUUGGAUGAGUUUUAACCUCUUCCAUAAGAAGGUUUUCAAGUCUCCCUAUCCCAGAGCCCAACAUAUGACAAUGGAUUUAUUCUAAGAACAAGGUCAAGUCCUUCCAGGAAUAAAAUCACAUGGUUUUUGGUUCUGGAAAGAGAUGUUGUCAGCUAAAGCAGGCCUCUCCCAGCUGAGGACUUAUAGUCAUACAUGGGUGACAAUGUUUGUAACUCAAGUGUUCAAAAAAAAAAAAAAAAAAAGACGAUGGAUAGGCUGAAGGAUUUGUAUUGAAUGAGAACCAUGAACUCAGGAGACUCAAUUUCCCCUGAAUUUUCCAUCUGUGAAGCAUUGGAAAUGAUAUGUGUAUCCAUUCCCUGCCUCACAAUCAAUGCUCUCUACACCUGGUCCCUUAACUGCUUUUUUAAAAAUGUAAAUACUCAUUAAUUAAAUAAUUAAAAGUGUGAAA